UGACGUCGCAGCACCGACGCAGAUCCCGCCCCCUGCGCGUCAUCGCUUUCAUCUGACUGCUCCGUCAGCGGACCGGAAGUGGCUGAAUGCUGAGUUGCACUUGAACGGAGGCAGAAAGAAGCGAAAGAAAACAACAAAGAUGUCCGGUCGGAUGAUGCAGGUGGGACGAUGCCCGACAGACGAACUGUCGCUGACCAACUGUGCAGUCAUCAAUGAGAAAGAGACGCAGAUUGAACAACACGUGACCGUGCGCAACUUAACCCACAAGUACGUGUUCACCUUGACGACGCAUCCGAGUGUGACCUUGGGGACGAUCGCCUUCAGUCUGCCACAGAGAAAAUGGGCGGGCCUAUCGAUUGGACAAGAGGUCGAAGUAAAGAACUACAAGUUUGACAAGUCCAAACAGUGUAUAAGCACCUUGAUGGUGGACAUCGACUUCCUGCAGAAGAAGAACGUGGACAGCAACCCGUACGACUCGGACAAGAUGGCCGCCGAAUUCAUCCAGCACUUCAACAACCUGGCCUUCAGCGUUGGCCAGCAGCUGGUGUUUAGUUUCUGUGACAAGCUGUUUCUCUUGGUGAUAAAAGAUAUGGAGGCGAUGGACCCCAGCAUCCUGAGGGGAGAACAGGCCUCUGGCAAGAAGCAGAAGAUUGAGAUCGGUUUGUUGCUGGGAAACAGUCAGGUGAUUUUUGAAAAGUCAGAGAACUCGUCCAUGACCCUGAUUGGGAAAUCCAAGACAAGGGAGUCCCGCCAGUCCAUCAUCUGCCCAGACUGGAACUUUGAGAAGAUGGGUAUCGGCGGCCUCGACAGGGAAUUCUCUGACAUCUUCCGUCGAGCCUUCGCCUCCCGAGUCUUCCCUCCAGACAUGGUCGAACAGAUGGGCUGUAAGCAUGUGAAGGGAAUCCUGCUGUACGGACCCCCAGGCUGCGGCAAAACCCUGAUGGCGCGACAGAUCGGCAAGAUGCUCAACGCCCGCGAGCCGAAGAUCGUCAACGGCCCCGAGAUCCUCAACAAGUACGUGGGGGAGUCGGAGGCCAACAUCAGGAAGCUGUUCGCAGACGCCGAGGACGAACAGAAGAGGCUCGGCGCCAACAGCGGCCUUCACAUCAUCAUCUUCGACGAGAUCGACGCGAUCUGCAAGCAGCGCGGCAGCAUGGCCGGCAGCACGGGAGUCCACGACACGGUGGUCAACCAGCUGCUGUCCAAGAUCGACGGGGUGGAGCAGCUCAACAACAUCCUGGUCAUAGGUAUGACCAACAGGCCAGACCUGAUAGACGAUGCCUUGCUGAGGCCGGGAAGACUCGAGGUGAAGAUGGAGAUAGGGUUACCGGAUGAAAGGGGCCGCAUUCAGAUCCUCCACAUCCACACGGCGAAGAUGCGUCAGUACCAACUGCUGGCCAAUGACGUGGACGUGAAGGAGCUCGCCGUGGAGACCAAGAACUACAGUGGAGCCGAGCUGGAGGGUCUCGUCCGGGCUGCGCAGUCCACCGCCAUGAACAGACACAUCAAGGCCAGCAACACGUUAGAGGUGAACAUCGAGACAGCAGAGAAGCUGCAGGUCAGCAGACUGGACUUCAUGGCCUCGCUGAAUAACGACAUUAAACCUGCGUUCGGCACCAACCAGGAGGACUACGCCAGCUACAUCAUGAACGGUAUCAUCCGGUGGGGCGACCCGGUGUCGGCCGUGUUGGAGGACGGCGAGCUGCUGGUCCGGCAAACGAAGAACAGCGACCGCACGCCGCUUGUCUCCGUGCUCCUGGAAGGUCCACCGAACAGCGGCAAGACGGCGCUGGCAGCUAAGAUCUCCGAAGACUCCCAGUUUCCCUUCAUCAAGAUCUGCUCCCCCGACAAGAUGAUCGGACACUCGGAGAUCGCCAAAUGCCAAGCCAUCAAAAAGAUAUUUGAAGAUGCCUAUAAAUCCCAGCUGAGCUGUGUGGUGGUGGACGACAUUGAACGCUUGUUGGACUAUGUCCCAAUCGGCCCUCGCUUCUCCAACCCGGUGCUGCAGGCUCUGCUGGUGCUGCUGAAGAAACCUCCUCCGAAGGGUCGUAAGCUGCUGAUCAUCGGCACCACGAGUCGGAAAGACGUCCUCCAGGAAAUGGAGAUGUUGGACGCGUUCAGCACCACCAUCCACAUCCCCAACAUCUCAAGCGGAGAGCAGCUGGUCGAGGCCCUGGAGCUGCUGGGCAGUUUCCAGGAGAAGGAUCGAGCCAUCAUAGCGAAGGCUGUGAAGGACCACACGCUGUAUAUCGGCAUUAAGAAGUUGCUGAUGCUGAUUGAAAUGGCCGUGCAGAUGGAUCCUGACUACAGAGUGAGCAAGUUCCUGAGCCUGCUAAGGGACGAUGGAGCACUUGGUUCCGAUAAGUUCGUCAGGAUGUAGACUCAUCGAGCCGCAGUGAAGACAUCGCUCGGCGGUAAGAAGAGAGGGAUGAAGAGGAAGUGAGCGAGGGAUCGUUUCCAUCUCACUCUCCGUCUUCCAUCCCUCUGCGAACCACCUGCUCCUCUUCAGCACCACGUGAACUAAUGUAAAAAUAAGAAUAACGCGGUGGUUUGUUGUUUCUGUACAUAUUGUAUUUCCUGUAGACGAGUGCUGCGAUGCUCCUGAGACUCCAUUAUGAUUUUAUAUAUAUAUGAAAGAUUAAGUAUACGUGCAUGUAAGAAAAAACACUUGAUUAUGAUCCUGUUUUGUUUAUAUCCAGGCCUCACUCUGCUCUUAAUAUCAAGUGCACUUGCUUUAAUAUCUGACGUUUUUUAUUGUGUGAAUAAAUUAAUUCUAAAACCAAAAA